AUGGCGCUGCAGUUCAUUUUCCAGAAUCCCAACGGGAUAGGCAGCUCUGACAGGCGCAUCAUCCGCUCGCAUGUCAUGCAAGGCAAGAAUGCCGGCAGGCCGCGGCGAUCCACCAAGAAGAAGCUUGAUACAGAGGUUAGACGCAUCCUGUAUGAUCCAAAAUGUGCAUAUGUGAUGCCGCGACAGGUGCUGUGGGGCGACCUGUGUCUUACUUCGUUCCCACAGGAGCUCGAUUCUGAGUCUACGGCGCUCAUGCAUCGGUGGUUCUUUGACAUUAGUGAUGCGCUGUUUCCGCCGCAGUUCUGCACCAAGUUUGACAUUAUCAAGUCAAUCUGGGUCAACUUUAUCCUAGCAGAUGAAGCAUAUUUUCAUAGCACUUUGGCUAUAUCUGCGUCUUAUGUUGACUUUUUCCAGCGGAAACCAGCAAUAUCAUCCAAAACGCUUCACCACAUCUCCCAAGCGUAUGCUUUGGUCAACCUUAAACUGUCGGGUCCGUUCUCCGUUUCCGACAGGGCUAUAGCUGCUGUAGUCAGCCUUGCUAUCUACCAGCAAGUACAUCAUCAACCUGCAACGGGACUGGUACAUCUUCAUGGCCUCUAUCGCAUGAUUCAACUGCGGGGUGGGAUCGCCAGGCUGAUGCAAGAGAAUCGCGCGCUGGCACUAAAGCCGUUGAGACUUGAUGUGGAAUUGGCAAUGCAGAACGGCACACCUACUCUGUUUCAUGGCGAUGAAGCACCCGUUCAUCCGGUUCUAUGCGACCCUGAUAGCAGGCGAUCCCCCAGAGCUGCCCCUUGGAUGCCACUCAUCUUGUUAGAGCUAUUCAGCUUCUCAAGUUUACUAAACGAGGUUAAUAAGAGACAAAGGUUGAGACUUGACCCGUUGGAUUAUACUGAGACAAUUGUAUCGCUCCUUUAUCACCUCACAGAGGUGUCACCUCUAAGGCAAGCCUUUACCAACCCGGGCCUUUAUAGCGACGUGACAUACCUUGCGAUGCUGGCAUUUAUGACAACGCUGCUACCCGAGUAUACCCGUGAUGGAUCGAGCUGCCCCAUCCUUUCUGAUCGACUAGGGAGCGCCAUACAAGACCUUUACAUCACGGCAUCGGGAUUUUCAGACUCCGAUCCACCGUUCCUCUUAUGGAUUCUUUUUAUAAGUGGCAUAUCAGUGUUGAAGCUCAAGGACUAUCCCUGGCUAUUGCCAUUAAUUGCGGACACCUGCGCAACCCUGGAGCUAGACAGUUGGGCUGUCAUCCAGCAGCACCUGAGCCAAUUCCCUUGGAUAUUCGCGUUGCAUGACACUCCCGGCCGCCACUUAUGGGACGCGAUUAUAUGCCUCUACAGGGAUAAUGAAGCUCAACAAGUCGUCUCGAUGGUGUAG